AUGGACUCCUCGGGCCGGAGCGGCACCACCAUAAAGGACGCCGAUGUCGAAAUCGCGUCCCUCCCAAGCUACGCGGGCAAGGGCCCCGCACCCGUGGAGGUGCUGCCCCCCACCACCGCGCCAACUAACGCGGUCGCCAGGUUUGGCGAGCGCUUCUUCCGGGUGCACGAGCGCGGCAGCACGUGGCUGGGAGAGUUCAGGGCCGGCAUCGUGCUGUUCAUGACAUCGGCCUACAUUCUGUUCCUCAACCCUCUGCUGCUGGGGCCGGCGGGCAUGCCCAAGAAGGACAUUGUUCUGGCCACCGCCAUCUCCACCGCCAUCGCCACCCUCGUAAUGGGCGGCGUCGCCAACUACCCCUGGGUCGUCAGCGUGCAGCUGGGCACUAACAGCCUCUUCACCCAGAUCGCCGGGGAACAAGUGUUCGGCUUCCACGCCACUAUGACCGGCGCCGACAAGUCCUGCUUCGGGCUGCCCUGCAAGGGCGUGCCGGCGUCCCCAACAAACGCCACCCUCAUUCCAGACGUUGUUGCCAGUGGCCUGUGCGCCGCGGACACGCCCAACAUCUGCAAGGGCACGGCCAUCCCCUAUGAGCAGCUGCUGGCUGCCACCUUCCUUGAGGGCCUCAUCUUUGUGUUCAUCUGCGUGACAGGGCUGCGGAAGGUUUUCCUGCAGCUGUUCCCCAAGACGGUGCUGUACGCGGGCGCUGCAGGCAUCGGCGUGUUCAUCACAUUCGUGGGCAUGAAGGGCUGCGGGUUCAUCGCGCCGGCGCCCUACCCCACGUAUCUGGCGCUCAAUACGGCCUGGCCCCUCAAAGCGACCGCGGGGGGCUAUGGCGCGGCCGGAUACGACAGCGGGAUCGGCUUCAACUCCUGCCUCAUGUACUUUGAUGGCGCGCCCUUCGGCCCCAUCUGCCCCUGGCUUGCCCUGGGUGGCCUGCUCUUCACAGCCAUCCUGUUGGUCUGGAACGUGUCGGGCGCUUUCAUCGCGGGCAUAUUCUUCACCAUGUUCAUCUCGUGGAUCAAGUUCCCCGCCAAGCAGAGCAUGGGCGGCCUGGUGCCCGACACCGUCGUGGACGUGGCCUAUUUCACGGAGACCGCCUUCAGCCUCGACUUCAAGUGGGGGGCCAACACAGGCACCCUGGUCGGCGCGCUCGUCACUUUCCUCCUGCUGCCCACACCCGCCUUUGACUCCACCCCUUCCCUCACUCCCAACCCCACCUGUGAACCCCGUCGAUUAUACAUCCUAAGCUACCUGGAUUUCAUCGGCAGCUCCAUCACGUUCGUCUCCCUCGGCCGCAUGGCGGGCGUCGUGAACAAGGAGGGCGUGAUGCCGCGCAGCAACCUGGCUUUCCUUGCCGACGGCCUGGGCUCCACCAUCGGCGGCCUCCUGGGCACCAGCGCGCUGACCACCUAUGUCGAGUCCGCCGCCGCGAUGCGCGAGGGCGGGCGCACCGGGUUCACGGCGGUGGUGUGCGCGUGCCUGUUUGUGCUGUCCAUCGUGCUGUGGCCGCUGUUCUCGUCCAUCCCUGACAUCGCCACGUCGCCCGUGCUUUGCCUGAUCGGGGCGAUCAUCUUCAUGGAGAGCAUCAUGCAGAUCGACUGGGAUGACAUCACCGAGUCCAUCCCCAGCUUUGCCACCAUCGUGUCCAUGUUCAGCACCAACAACAUCGCGUACGGCGUCAUCGCCGGCCUGGGCAUGUACGUCAUCCUGAAGCUCGUGACCUUCAAGCUGCUCAAGGUCCAGCGGGACUGCACGCGCGUGACCGACCUCUACGCCCGCAUGACGAGGCUGAACCCCAUGUUCAUGAGGGUGCCGGGGUGGAACGUUAACGAGAACAACGAGAUUGAUGAGAACCUGGUGGCAGAGGAGGAGCACGACUGGAGCCUCCUGGACCUUAUGGCCAAGAGCCGCCGCAUGAAGCGCGCCGCUUCCACAACCGCUGCUGACAAGGCCGAGAAGUGA